AUGAAACGAACAACAGUAUUAACUGCUUGGAGUCGUGCCGCCGGCGAGCUUACGAUACUUCAACAGAAUGAGCGAUAUCUCUCCACGUACGAGACGGGAUCAGAGUUGUCGCCUGUUGCCCCAGCAGCGUCGCCGGGAUCGCCCAGAGACUGCACCUCGUGUCGCAAGCGAGAACCUCCAGAUGAACCAGCCCCACCGGCUGAGGAUGCUUGCGCUGGCUGCGGGGCACGAAUAACUGAUAGAUACUACCUUCUAGCGCUGGAGCGACGCUGGCACACCCCAUGUCUCAGGUGCUGUGAAUGCAAGAUGCCUCUCGACUCUGAACAGAGAUGUUACGCUCGUGACAGCAAUAUAUUUUGCAAGAAUGACUACUUCAGGUUGUACGGUUCAAAGCGGUGUUCUCGUUGCAACACGACCAUUUCAGCGUCAGAAUUGGUGAUGAGAGCGCGUGACUUGGUCUUUCACAUCCACUGUUUCUCCUGUGCACUCUGCAGUGCCAGACUCACAAAAGGCGAUACAUUCGGCAUCAGGGAUUCUGCUGUUUAUUGCAGGCUACACUACGAAACUAUGCCGGACUAUGCUCCCCAUAUGUCUGUUCCGGGGCCUCCACAGAUGUGUCCAGGCCCUUACGCGGGCCCUCCACCGGGUUCGCACUACCCACCAUACCCCUCUCCUGAGUUCUCCCGAGUGGAGCCCGAUGUUCCUAAGGGUCCUUUCUUCAACGGGGUAUCAGCUCCUCCGCCAAGACAAAAAGGCCGUCCGAGAAAAAAGAAGCCAAAAGACCAAGAUUUAAUGACGGCAAAUCUUGAUCUCAACCCCGACUACUUGGAGAUGGGUUUCCGGGGCGGCGGUGGGCUGGGAUCCACAUCACGCACAAAGCGCAUGCGCACCAGCUUCAAGCACCACCAGUUACGCACCAUGAAGUCAUACUUCGCCAUCAACCAUAACCCAGACGCAAAAGACCUGAAGCAAUUGAGCCAGAAAACUGGCCUUCCCAAAAGGGUGUUACAGGUAUGGUUUCAAAAUGCGCGGGCAAAAUGGCGACGCAUGGUGACAAAGCAAGAGAACAAGAUGACGGACAAAUGUUCUCCAGACGGUUCCUUGGAGAUGGACAUAUACCACGGACCGAUGGGUUCCAUACAAUCCUUACCCCCGCACAGCCCGCCCUACAGCGUGAUGGGAGGCCCCCCGAGCCCGAACUCGAUGGACUGUCCAUAG